AUGGCCCACGCUACGGGCCUGACGGUCCUGCUCAAUGGCAGGAUCUACCAGUCGUCUACGGACAGCACGGACAAGGAGCCGUCCUUCGCCGCGGCCAUGGUCAUCAAGGACGGCCUCAUCCAGCACGUCGGCACCGCGGAGGACGAGGCCGUCGCCACGGCCAAGGCGGGCGGCGCCCAAAUCAAGGACCUGCAGGGCGACACCGUUCUGCCGGGCUUCAUUGACGGGCACCUGCACCUGCUGCUGGUCGGCCAGGCGCUCACAAAGGUCGGCUUGGAAGCGUGCAAAACGCUCGACGACAUCCGCGCAACCAUCAAGGCGUACGCGCAGGCGCACCCAGACGUGUCGCGCAUCUUCUGCCGCGGCUGGAUGCACUCGAUGACACCCGACGGCGUCGACGCCAGCCUCCUCGACGACCUCGACCCGCGGCCCAUCUUCAUCGACACGAAAGACCUGCACUCGUCGUGGUGCAACACGGCCGGCCUCGACGAGGUGUGCCGCGAGAUGGGCCUCUCCGCCGACACACCCGACCCGGCCGGCGGCACGAUCCAGCGCGGGCCCGACGGCAAGCCCAACGGCGUCUUUGGCGAGAGCGCCGUCUUCCAGAUCAUGUGGCCGUUUGUCGCGCGCGUCGCGUCCAUGGAGGAGAAGAAGGAGGCCAUCCGGGCCGCCUUCGCCGCCUUCAACGCCGUCGGCUACACGGGCAUGAUCGACAUGGCCAUGGACGACACCAUCUGGGAGCCGCUGCUGGAGCUGCGCCGCGAGCAGGGCACCCUGAACGGCAUGCGUGUGGCCGCGUACUGGCUCAUGAAGCCCGAGGACUCGGUCGACGGCGUGCUCGCGCAGGUCGACCGCGCGGCGGCCCUCGCGCGCGAGUUCAACGCCGACACGACGCCCGACUGCCGCAUCGUCGGCGUCAAGGUCAUCUGCGACGGCAUCAUCGACGCGUGCACCGCGUCGCUCACCGAACCGUACUCGACGGGCGAGAACCCCGACUCCAUCUGGAGCGAGGCGGUGCUUCACCCGCUCGUAGCGCGCGCGCACGCCGCGGGGCUGCAGGUCGCGCUGCACGCCAUCGGCGACCGCACCAUCGGCAUGGCCAUCGACGUGCUGGAGCGCAACACGGACCGGACGCGGCGCCCGCGCAUCGAGCACCUGGAGCUGGCGUCGGAGCGCGACGCAGCCCGGCUCGGCGCCCUGGGCAUCACGGCGUCGAUUCAGCCCGUGCACUCGGACCCGGCCAUCCUGCGCGCGUGGCCGCGCCUCAUCGGCGAGCACCGCUGCGGCCGGGCGUUUGCGUACCGCGACUUCGCCGAAGGGGGCGCACCCUUGGCGCUCGGCUCGGACGCGCCGACGGCACCGCACCAGCCAUUGCCGAACCUGUACGUGGCGACGACGCGGCGCUCGUUCCGCGAGCCGGACCUCGAGACCGUCGUGAACCCGCAGUUUGCGCUCACCGUCUGCCAGGCCGUGGCGGGCGCGACCCACGGCUCCGCGUACUCGUGCUUCGCGGACAAGUGGACGGGGAGCCUGCGCCCGGGGCUCAAGGCCGACUUUGUGGUCGCGCGGGUCGAGCUGACGCCGGAGGAGCUAGUGAAGGGCGUGGUCAGGGAGACGUGGUUUGAGGGCCGGAGAGUGUACCAGGCGAGCGACUGA